AUGCCCCAGGACUUGCCCUUUGAGGUUCGAACCUCAACACAGCCAUUGAAUGAAUGCACAAGAGGAGUGCUGCUAAGACAGAACCGUGAUGUUCGUUCUCUGGAUUUUCUCUCCCUAGAUGCGUCAGUCUUCCAAAGUGUACACCGUCCUCCACAUUCCAAGGAUAGCCGCUCUCUCCCGGGCCUUUGUCCCCAGGAUGUCCACUCACGAGACAGGCCAUUUUCCAGACAUGUGCACCAUCAACAUGCUCUAGAUUCCAAGGAUGACUCACCUCUCAAACAAGGCCUAUAUCACAAAGAUAUCCAUUGUCCAGAGGCUGGCUACUCCAACAAUGACACUUACGGCUAUAAUACUCAAUGUACUGAGGAUUUCUAUCCGCCUCAUGGCCAAUGUUCCGUGGAUUUGCAAAGCCAAGAUGCCUGCCACUACAACCAUGGUCGGAAAUUUGAAGAGACUCCGAGUGGUCUGCCGUGGAGUGCCUCGAUCACUUGUAGUUCCAAGGAUUCCCAGGAAAAGCAAUAUAACAGUCGAGUUUUCUUCUGGUUCUCCAACGUCAAGUUAAUGUGGAGACGCUUGAUGGACUCGGGGAUUUUUCUGGUCAAAUCCGAUAUCACAGUGUGCGUAUCUGUGUCACACCCGGGCUCCAGCAUCACGGCGUGCAUAUCUCUUCCACGCGCUGAGGACAGCAACAAAUUUCGCAAACAAAUGAUGGUCGAAGUCAAUGGGGAGAGAACCUGGCUUGCUACUGCCCAGCUGGACACCGGCUCAGCACCAAGCUUUAUGAGCGAAACAAUCGCGAAACAAGCACAAAACUAUGAAUUGACCACCGUGAAGCCCGGAACUGUGACGCCUUACGAAGGCCUGGCACAAGGCCACAAGGUUGAUGUCGUGGGUCAAAUGGAGUUGAGGUUCUGGCUCAAGAAUGAGAACAAGCCCUACAAGCAUCAGUUCCUGGUGGUGAAAGCUGAUGAUCGAUUUGACGUACUGCUAGGCGCGAAAUUUCUCGAAAGAGCCGAUCUCCAGUCUUGGACCGACUGA